AAGCGGAAAGUCAGUCGGUUUUUCUUCAAACCCUCCCCGUCUCUCGCGCUCGUGGGCGGGAGGAGGAAACGUGGGAAACCCGCUAGUUCCUCCCUAUAGAAAAAGACUUAAAACCAUCUCCUCAUGACGUCUGCCGUCAGAUAGACGCGAACUCUCGUGGAUAUAAUCACCUCGCGCUGCCGCUGCUGGAUAACAACGCUGCUUCUGGAUAUGUCCGCGGUCUCAGAUGUCGAGAGUCAGUCCGCUGCGCGUCCCCGCGGCAGGUGUCUGGACACCUUUCUCAUCACGUCCGUGGUCGCGCUCUUCGUCAUGUUCCUCGCUGGACUCGGUGGCGCGCUGCUUUUCGCCAGAUACCUCGAGAGCGAGAUGGAAGCGCGCAUGACCCCAAAGAGCAACGGCCAAGUGGUCGCGCAGAUUGCGGACAAACUCUCUGAAAACUCCUAUAAGGGACAGAACUUUGCAUACCUGAGAGCCACCAACAGUGAACUGAAGAACGGCACUAUGAUGUGGGAACCUAUCGCGUAUGGAGAUGGUCAAUCCAUGGGCGCUCUGUACAACUAUGACAAACGACAGAGCGUUCUGAACGUGGCCGCCAGCGGAAGUUAUUUCCUCUACGUCCAGCUGAACUUCUCCUGCGUGCACGUCUGUCCACAGGCCCGCUUCACUGUCAAGUUUAAGGAUCAAAAUGCUAACACACGACUGACCUGCUCGGUGUCCCUGCCAAGCGGAACGCAACCGGUUAGCCAUACGUGUUGGAGUGUGGUCACCCUUUCAGAAAAGGAUAGUCGCCUGCUGGCUGGAACAGAGUUUACAGAGUUUUCCGAACCGUUCCACAACUGGAAACUGGAGCUGAAUGAUUCCGGAUUCGGGAUGUUUCGGGUUGACAGAUAAAAGCCAGAUGAGAUGUGAGGAACUGAGCUGAUUUUAGAGUUACCGUGCCCUCUCGACCUUCAUCCACACUCAUGCUAUCUCAGGACUCUAUUUUAACGCUCUGUCAAGCAGGUCUAUCUGUCCUCAAAGCUGUGAGGAAAUUUCAACAUGUUUUAAAUUUGCUAAAUGACCCUGAACCGGAUUGGCCAUCAUUCUAAACAUCCUCCGUCCGCUGUAUGUUUAUUUAAUACAUAUUUGGACUAACCGGAUGACACCUACAGCUACCAAUAAGACUGAAGACAUUAAAUAUGCGAUUAUUAUUAUGCAACAUUUAAAACCAAUUCCACAUGUAAACAUGAGACAAGUUUGCACAUUCUGCGUGGACCUGCUGACGACCAACCAAAUGGAUAAGCCAAGAUUCCUAAGCACUAUUUAUAACUGAAAUAUAUUUAUAUGUGUUCUACAUUUUAAAUAUUUGUAAUAUUUAUGCUCUGUUUUGUUUGUACUGUAUAUAUGGCUCAUAAAUGUGUUUAUGUUUACGUUUUACAUGUUAAAUAUUGUAGAUAUCACUACAUGUAACCCUGAUAGCACACAUACAUCUGGGAGACGUCUGCGAGACGUAUUUUUGUAUCGUUUGCUCAUCUGCAGUACGUCUAGGAGACGCCUGCUGUCCGACGUCGUAUAGGCGUCUAGAAGACGUCUGUAAGAUGUUUAUGAUGAAGAAUGUAUGUACAACUGCCUUUUCUAAGACGUUUAGCAGAUGUUUCACAGAUCGUCUCACAGGCGUACCUGUGCUAUGUGUGAAGCGGUAUGUUUAAGGUCAAACGUGAUGACGAUGAUCGAUUGACUCAUUCUUGUGUUCACAGACGACUGCGUUCACUGUAUGUCGAUGUUUAUUACACACAACACUUAGAAGCCAAGUGCGUUUUGUUCAGUCUGUGAUGUGACGACACACACACACACACACGUUGUGUUCUGCUGUUUGUUGUGAAGGGAAUGCUGACAAACUCAGGAACUCUACAGAUGAAUGUAACAAUGAUGACAGCACUGAAAUGCUUUAUUUAAUAAAACCCAAAAUAUUUGUCAAUGUACAUAUUUCCAGGCGUCUCUGAUGUGUUUCCGAGUAUACGACGUGAAAUCCUUUUUUUGAGCUGUGGAGAGCUUUUAUGACCAAUUUUGUGUUUGAUUCUUCUCCUAAAAUUGCAAAGGACACAACUUGAUCAACGGUUGCCGUGAGAUCUAUGUAAAGUUUCCCAGUAAAUGGAAAAGUUUGUUGAGAAAUGUUUAAGUCGGUAAUAACUAUCUUCCCUAUUUAUUGGAGAUCUUCUGAAGCCCUGUAGGAGACGCGUGUGUCAUGUUCUCAAAAGGAAACUCUCCAUUUGCUCUCCAUGUAUUCUCGUGUUGUUUCCGGUGAACGGGAUGUCAGCAGACUCUUCAGGAGGAAAGUUCAGCCAAUCGUCUGCGUCACUUACAGUCAGAGCUGCUGAUGUGGUUUCAGUCAUCACCACACGACGACACCUCGGCCCACGCUGAACAAACAAACAAACAAACACAAACCCUAACGAUGUUUGAGGACCUUAUCAGCAGCAUUUCAAAGUUGAAAUAAAAGUCCUAACAUUUGAGCUGUGACCAUGACCAUCAUGCCCUCUUCAACACAUGUGAAUCUUAAAGUUUUUUCUUUAUCUGACAUUAAUACCUCGGGCAAGUUGUGCAGAGCAUCUGGAAACAGCAUGAGUCAUUUCAACAUUUAGACCGUCUGCUAGUAAUUUAGCAGGAAUUUGUUAAGAUUUUCUGUACAGGCAGAAUCGAAAAUUGUUAAAUGUGUGAUUUUAGAGCGGCUGGCAGAAAUACUUUAUAUAGUGUUUGGUCAAACGGACAGUUCAGCUGAAAAUGUAUUCUCUCUCACGUGGUUGUAAAGCUGUAUGUGAGUAUUUCUUCGGUGGAAGAUGUUUGAGAAAUGUCUCAGUGGUUUUGUGUCCAUACAAUGGAAGUCAAUGGAGUUCAAUGUUGUUGUUUUUUCAAACUCCUUUUGUGUUCUGAAGAAGAAAGAUUUGGAAUUUGUUUUGGGGUGACCUGUCACUUAAAGAGCUCUGUACUGCAGUGCUUUCACUGAUAAAGAGACC